AUGGCAACCCGCAGCUCCCAGGCCGGACUCGCUCGAGACGACUCGAUGCCUGCGCCCGGCCACGCCGCCGACGACUCGCACAGCGCUGGAGGUAAGGCACCACCCGCUUCCGGGUACCUGCAGGGCGCCUGUUCGGCUUCGGCAGACGCUGACACAACAAACGCGGCAGCCGGCCCAAACGUCGCCAGCAGUUUGCAGCCCGCUCCGGGCGAGAACAACUACCCGCCGCAGGACAUGAUCGUCAGCGGUUCCACUUCUGUGAACAAUGCCUCCCGACUGCCGACGUCCACCAGCGAACCCUUUAUCGCUCCUGCCACCGGGUCCAACCCGCGCUUUAGCUUCGGGAAGCUGCCAAGCCGGGGCACCGACUCCUUCUCCUACGACUUUCUACCCAACGUCAAUUUCGACGACUUCCACGAGAGCCUCACCGGCCCCGAGCUGAGCGACUUCCCCGUCCCUGGAGGCGGCCGCUCCAUAUUCACGAACGAGGAGGGUGACAACGACAACAUGGCCGCCGCCCCGCCCGAGCGCAAGCCACCCAGUCGGGCUCCCAGCACCCAGGCCUACUCCCGCCGCCCGAGCCUGUCCCAGCGCCGCCAGCCCAGCCAGAGUGACCUCACCGAUGCAAGUGCAGGCCAGUCUGGUGCACAGCUUCCCGUCCGCACGCGCCGGCAGAGUCAGUUUCCGGGCCCCGCUCCAGUCUCAGAUAACUCAACCAUCUCAUCUGGCAACACUACAGUGCGCGGUCCCCGCAAGUCGGUCGGACCUGGUCUCCUUUCUGCGAGCGGUAUGGAAAACCAGAAUCAGUUCACACAGCGUAGGGAGGUGUCGCAAGGAAAUUUGGGACACAGUCGUUCGUUAAGCAAGAAUAACCGAACGGGCAAUCCGGGACCGGGCUACAAUUCUGACGUACCACGGCUCUCCACAGCAACGCGAAGCAGCAAAACGAAGUCACUUCUGCAGCCAUCGAGCCAAAGUUAUGCGUCCCUGUCACCGGAUCUAGGUCGUGCCGCGGGCAACGGGCGCUCCCCGACGAAGGGCGGCCCUGGCCCAAAGAUUGGCACUCCCUCCACUGCCAACAAGAGACAAUCCCUCCACCACACCAGCGGCCUCGGUGCACGAACGAUCAGCCCGACUGAUGCCCGACGGCUGAAACGCAUGUCAAUGGGACCGAACGUCGCCGCCUCACCGCGGAACCCGCCGACGCCUCAACCUGACACACAGCAGGAACCUCUGCCGACCUCAUACAGUCCUGCACUCGCUCUAAGAAAGAGUGUUACCCCUUCGUCCUCUGCUCGUGCCACGCCCGACAACAGUGCGGCAAAGUCAAUCCCAGCACCGGCACUGUCUAACAGCUCAAGCUUCAGCUCCCUCCGCGGCAACAGCCAGAUUCCCACUCGUUCAAACCAAGCCCUCUCCACGUCGCGCCUCCCAACCCCCAAGCCGCGAAACGUGCACAGCUCAGCUGGACCUGAGACUACCGAAGAGGUCCCUCCUGUGCCCGCCAUACCGAAAGCGUUUGGAACUCCACGCACAGAGAUUGAUCAGCCCCUUUAUCCCACCCCGGCAACGCCAGCAGCUGACGAGGGCAAUUGGAGCGCAUCCGUGGUGGAGAGCACCGAUAGCGAUAACAACAAGGGGAAGAAGAAGGAAGCCGAGGCGAACAAACCAGUCGAGGCGCCGGGUAAUGGUGACCAGAAGGCUCAAGGCACUGGCAGACCAAGGAGAGGACUCACCAUCGGAGCAGAUGCCGACGCAGACAAAGGUGGACACCAGCAAAAUAGCGGCCGUACUAACAAGGGCUUGGCGCCGCUCAGGCUGCCGCCUCUGAACCUGUUGCCUCUCAGCAAUCCAACCGCUGCGAAAAUCGCCUCGUAUCCGCAACCGUCGGCCGAAGUCGAUGAGCGUGAGCCAACGACACCUCCACCCAAGAGGAAUUACACAAAGACGCCGAGCACGCCAUUGACAGCGUCAAAGGCCACCUUCCCUUUCCACGACGAAGAGACGGACCAGCUACCACCGAUGCGAAGCAACACAUCGCACUACCACCUCAGGGCGCUUGAAACUCCCUCGUUUCCUCCUCUUCCUACGGAACCGCUGCCUAAUGAACCGCUACCAAACUCGGAGGACAAGAACAGCGACCGGACCAGUAAUACCACUCCCUACUCUACUAGCUCUUUACCCAAGAACGAAGACGAUCUUGGUGCUCUGAGCUCCAAGACACAGAACGAGUAUGAGUUUGGAAGCAUGGAGAAGGAGCCGCAAGGCUCUAGGUUGAACGGACCUAGGGCUCAGGCAACUCAUAACACCGCGAAGAAUGAUGCAUCGUCCGUUACUUCGACUGAACCAGAGACUCCAUCUUCUGGAUCUUCCAUCAGGCGGAAGCUGAGCCUGAGUUGGAAGAGAAGCUCAUCUAAGGGCCAGCACAGGAACCAGGCUUCCCAAGGGAAUAUUGGCUUUCAACCCACCAAUGAUCAGCCCCCUCAGCCCCCGAAGCAUCACGAUAUGCCGCCUCCGAAGGUCCCUGCCUCAGCCACUUGGAGUGGUCAUACCAACGCCACGUCGACCCCCAGUCCAUCUACCAAGACAGCACCCACGCCACGCACAGCGCGGAGGAAACCUUCUGGUUCCUUGUUUUCCAGUGAUUCUGAGGCGCAGAACUCGACGAACGGCGAGCGCAAGGUAUCGCUUUCUCACAAGGCCCAACCACCUCCGUACACGGGCCCUACAACUAGGUCGGCCUCAAGUUCUAUGAUGCACAAGAUGCUUGGAACCAAAAACUCCAUCAGUGCUCUCAAAGCGCGCUCUUUGGACACUAAUUUGGACAAGGAAGACCUUGCAGCGGAUGAAGAGAUGCGGAGGCUGAGCGCAAGACGGAAGGAUUUCGAACAGGCUGCCAGAGACGUUGACGACCUGCGCAAGAGAGCUAAGCCACAGGAGAGGGUGUCGCCAGCACAUGCGCUUCAAAUGGUACCCCUUAACAUCUUCGAACGCGGAGAGAUCAUCGACUACAAAGAUGUCUACUUCUGCGGUACGAAGAGCGCCAAGAAGCGGGUUGGUGAUUUACAUGCAUCAACGGCAAACUUUGGAUAUGAUGACGACCGUGGAGAUUAUCAAAUUGUCCUUGGAGAUCACUUGUCUUAUCGCUACGAGGUCGUGGAUGUGCUUGGAAAGGGCUCUUUUGGUCAAGUCGUGCGUUGCAUUGACCACAAGAGUGGUAAACUGGUGGCCAUCAAGAUCAUCAGGAACAAGAAAAGGUUCCACCAGCAGGCCUUGGUUGAGGUCAACAUCUUGCAAAAGCUGCGCGAAUGGGACCCUGAAAACAAACACAGCAUGAUCAAUUUCACGCAGCAUUUCUACUUCCGAGGUCACCUGUGUAUCUCAACGGAGCUCCUCGGCAUGAACCUUUACGAAUUCAUCAAGGCCCAUGAGUUCAAGGGCUUCUCCCUCAGGUUGAUCCGUCGCUUCGCAAGGCAGAUCUUGAGCUCGCUUGUGCUUCUCAAGGGCAAGCGUGUCAUUCACUGCGACUUGAAGCCCGAGAACAUUCUCCUUGCUCAUCCGCUGCAUUCGGAAAUCAAGGUGAUCGACUUCGGCUCCAGCUGUUUCGAGCACGAGAAGGUCUAUACCUACAUUCAAUCUCGUUUCUAUCGGUCGCCUGAGGUCAUUCUGGGCAUGAAUUACGGUCUGCCCAUCGACAUGUGGAGUUUCGGGUGUAUCCUUGCGGAGUUGCUCACCGGAUCUCCCAUCUUCCCUGGAGAGAACGAGCAAGAACAGCUCGCUUGCAUCAUGGAGAUUUUCGGACCGCCAGAGAAGCACCUCAUCGAGAAGAGCAGCCGCAAGAAGCUCUUUUUCGACUCCCUUGGCAAGCCUCGUGUCACGGUUUCGUCCAAGGGUCGCAGACGUCGCCCGAGCUCCAAGACGCUCGAGCAGUCCUUGAAGUGCAGCGACGACGCGUUCCUAGACUUCAUCGCACGUUGCCUUCGAUGGGAUCCUGACCGCCGGCUCAAGCCAGAGGAUGCCAUGAACCACGAAUUCAUCACUGGAAUCAGACGGCCCCGUGGAGGACCGCGUCCUGCCAAUGCCGCGGCCCAGGCGGCGGCAUCCCCUAUCAAGCGCUACAACACAGUUGCGCAUCAGACACCUCAGCGAACGAGGCCGUUGCCAGAGCCGCCGGCCACCAGCUUCAAGAACGGCGCAGCCCAGUCAUCUGGCACUGCCAGGGUUCCCGGUACCGGCUCGCCGGCAAAGACUGGACCUGCUCCUCGUCGCCAUUCGACAGUGAAUGGAAUGGCCAGCGGUCUCGGCAUGAAGCGGGGAUCUAACGGGCAGAACCAGAUGGGCGGUUCUACCAACAAUAACAACAACGCCCCCGCACCGCAAGGACAGAACAGUACCUUGCCGCGCGUGGCCCAGAGAAGUGUGAGCGGAAAGCCGGACCUAGCAUCGGCAGCCGCGGUGGCGAGCCUGCGGUCGCGCUAA